AUGCUGAACCAAAACAAUCUCGUUUUACUUCUGUGUACAUUAAUAGGCCUGAAUGAUGCAUAUAGAAUACUGGUGGUCUUCCCAUUAUGUGCCCCAAGCCACAAUAUACUUGGCAAAGGCGUAGUUAAUAGUCUACUAGAAAGUGGCCAUGAGGUUGUUCAAUUAACCUGUUUUCCUGAUAAAGAAAAUAAAACAAAUCUGACACAAAUCGAUUUAUCACAUGUCAGGGAACGCGCACUAAAAGAAAAUAAGGACAAGUACGAAGGAUUUAAACUAAAGGAUUUGGUCGGUCACAAGAACUUCGUGGAUACCAUAUUUUUUUAUUACAUCGCAUACGAUUUCCAAAAGGCUUUCCUCACCGAUGACGUCAUGAUGAACUUCCUGUCAGACACUGAACAACAUUUUGAUGCAGUUGUCGUGGAAUGGUUCUUCUCAACACUUUAUGCUGGGAUGGGCCCUGUAUUCCAAGCCCCGCUGAUAUGGCUUGGAACCACUGAGGCUCACUGGCAAGUGCUGAGAGUAAUUGAUGAAAUACCAAAUCCUGCUUAUACUAUAGAUAUGUUCUCGGAAACAAUCCCACCAUUCAAUUUCCUGGAAAGAGCAAGCGGACUCUGGAGUAUAUUUAAAAAAUACUUUCUAAUAACUUGCAUCGUGGAGCCUUUUGAGAAAUAUGUGUACAAUAACGUUUAUGGAGCUAUAGGUGAAAAAAGAAAUGUCACAAUACCUUCCUUUAAAGAUGCAGCUUACAAUGCCUCUAUAUUACUUUUGAAUUCGCAUCCUUCCAUCGGAAUACCAUUUAAGUUACCACAAAAUGCACAUUAUAUUGGUGGAUAUCAUAUCGAUAUUAAACCAAAACCAUUGCCACAGGACUUCCAAAAACUCAUGGAUGAAGCGAAACACGGUGUGAUUUACUUUAGCAUGGGUUCGAAUUUGCAAAGUAAGGACAUGUCCGACAACAUGAGGGACUCGCUUUUGAAAAUGUUUUCGGGAUUCAAAGAGACGGUCAUUUGGAAAUUUGAGAGUGACCUGGAAAAUGUACCCAAAAAUAUACAUCUGACAAAGUGGGCACCGCAGCAAAGCAUUUUAGCCCAUCCGAAUAUUAAGAUGUUUAUUACUCACGGCGGCCAACUGUCAACUACAGAAGCGAUUCAUCACGGAGUCCCAGUAGUGGGCAUACCUGUAUAUGGAGACCAACACAUCAAUAUGAGGAAUGCUGCUGAGAAAGGGUACGGUAUUGCCGUGGACUUAGCAGAAAACAUGGCUGACGAACUAUCAGUGGCCAUUCGGGAGAUUCUGAAUAACCCAAAUUACAAAAAUAGAGCAAAGGAGCUGUCUGCACUCUUCCACUACCGGCAAAUGACUCCUCAGAAGGAAUUAGCAUACUGGGUGGAAUAUGCGAUCAAAACACGUGGGGCACUCCACCUUCGAUCUCCAGCCCUCAACGUGCCACUCUAUCAAAAGCUCUAUUUAGAUCUCCUUUUAACUUUUGUUUUAGUUAUAUAUGUACUGCGCAAAAUGUUUAAUCGGUUUUUUGGUAACAAAACAUCUAUAAAAAUAAAGAAAAAUUAA